CUUAGUGUAGAGCGAGGUCUCUCCGUAGUCCGUAGUAACAAAACCUAACGUUCUAAAGACUAAAACAACCCACAAUCCAAAUGAAUCCCGCAGAUGUCACUAAUCAGGACUAAACUCAAACACCUUUCCUGCAUCCGCAACUUCUCACACUUCUCUACUCCCCACAAAAAUCACCACGGCCAACACGACGACGGCCGCCGCCGUCAACCACAGUCUCCCCCACGAGACCCAUAUAGCCUCUUAAAAGAGGACCCAGUUCAAGUCCUCUCUGAUUUAUGGGUCCGAACCUUCUCUGACCACAACCAGACUCCAUUCUUCAACCUCACCGGUUUCCUCUCCAAACUCGACCUAUGGGUCUUAGCCUACCAACGCACCUGCGCCCACUUCACGGGCUCUUUUCCCUCGCGCAACGCUCUCCAAUCGCACGUCCUCACCGACCUCCUCUCUCUCCGGAACGCUGUAGUACACGGCCAGUUUCAAUGGAACAUGAAAACCCAUCCCUACAUCCAAAACCCAAACGAUAAAAUCCCUUUUUCGAAGCUCUCAAGUCGCAAGCUUCGUACGAUUUCAGACUCCAUUGAAACUCCGUUUCAAGACACUGUCGUUCAAGAAUUGCUUUUGAUGAUUCUGGAACCUAUUUUUGAGCCGAGAUUUUCGCCCAAAUCACACGGGUUUCGCCCUAGGAGAAACGCGCAUACGGUAAUUCGAACAAUUAGGAGUAAUUUUGCUGGGUAUGUAUGGUUCUUAAAAGGUGAUUUAACCCUAAUUUUUGAUAAUGUCGAUGUCAAUUUAUUGAUGGGGUUUGUUGAAAAAGGUGUGAAGGAUCAGAAAGUACUGUCUUUGAUCAAAUCAGGACUAAAAGAUCUACCAAAACCAGUUCAUCUUUCCAAUGAGAAGGUAUGGAGGAGAAAAAACAAGAAAAGGGGGUUGAAGAAGAAGAAAGUUCUAGAUGAAAAUGAGGCCAAACCAGACCCUUAUUGGCUCAGAACUUUCUAUGAUUUUGCUCCUAUGGAAGCACUUAAGGUACCAAAUUAUGGUUAUUGUGGGAUAUUAAGUCCUUUACUUGCUAAUAUUUGUCUUAAUGAAUUAGACCACAUGAUGGAGGAGAGAAUCCUUAGCUUUUCUCAGUUUUCAAAUGAUAAUUUCGUUACAAAUGCUUCCACUACUGAUGGUUAUGGUAGUUCUACUCCAUCAUGGCCUGAAUUCGUUCGUGGGGGUGGAAAAGAUAAAACCAAAAAAAUGGAUUACAUUCGUUAUGGAGGUCAUUUCUUGAUUGGAAUUACAGGAUCAAGAAAGGAUGCGGUUGAAAUAAGGAACACAAUAAUCGAGUUUUCCUCAAAUAAAUACGGGAUAACAAUAAACGAAUCAAAUCUAGAGAUCGAACACAUAAGUAGAGGUGUUCAAUUCCUGGAUCAUAUAAUUUGCCAAAGAAUAAUCUAUCCAAAUAUACGUUUCGCAUCAAAUGGUGGUCAUAUAGUGACUCAAAAAAGCGUAGGAAUUUUGCUUUCAGUCACUGCAAGUUUGCCUCAAUGCAUACGACACUUUCGAAGGCUUAAAUUAGUAAAAGGUGAUAAAGAUCCCGAACCUUUACCUUGCACUCCAAUGCUUUAUUGUGGUCAAGCUCAAACGAAUGCUCAAAUGAAUAAGUUUCUUGAAACAAUGGCGGAUUGGUAUCGAUACGCAGAUAACCGAAAAAAAAUCGUGGGCUUUUGCGCGUACGUGAUUCGAAACUCGGUGGGGAAAUUAUAUGCCGCGAGGUAUAAAAUGAAAUCACGGGCAAAGGUUUUCAAGAAAGCGACACGCGAUCUUAGCCGUCCGCUUAGGCAAAGUAUGGACAAUCGGACACCCGAGUAUGCGGAGUUGUUAAGAUUAGGGCUUGCAGAUGCUAUUGAAGGAAUUAGGUUUUCGCAUAUGUCUAUGAUUCCAUCGUGUGAUUAUACUCCGUUUCCUAGGAAGUGGGUCCCACAUCAUGAACGGGUGUUGCUUGAUUAUAUAAAAUUACGGGAUUUAAAGUUGUUUUGUGAGCUACAAAGAUCGGUUAAAGAACAACGAUUGUGUUUACCUCAAGACAUGCUUGGAGAGAUCGUGUGGGAUUAUAAGACUCUCGGUUUAAAAAGGUCUCGAGGUCCUUUCGAAUCACCCGCUUAAGUUGUUGUGUAGUUGUAUACACAUGUUUUUUAUUUUUUUAUUAAGUUUUGUCUGAAAUAUAAAACAAAAAUAGUAAACUGCUUGAUCAGAUUAUA